ACGAAAACAACUUGUCAAAAUGGAAUACGAUUAGUGGUUUACAAUAUUUAAAACAUAAAACAAUAAUUCACAAUUAUGGAUAGUCAUAUUUUCGGAACAAAUAGACGUCUGUACCAAGAAGAGAGCAAAGAUUAUUCAGGAGAUGAGAAAAGUGAUGAGAAGAAAGAUUCUGAAGAUGAUGUUGACGUGAAAGAUGGUGAUCGUGAAAAAGUCACUGAUGAUGAAAGUGAUGAUGACGACGACGAUGAACUUUAUGUUGAUUCUGAUGUGGAGAGAGAACGUAACUGGAAGAAUGUGAAACUGAAAAAUGCUAGACCUCCUCAUCCUCUGACAGUCACUCAUGUGAACCAGUCGAGGGAUCUACAGAGAGUUGAGCAGUCGUUGACUGUUGUGAAUGCAGACAAACAGAACUCAGAGGAAUGGUUGCAGACACACAGCAUAGAGUUUCUCAAACUCACUCUACAGGACCUCAUUGACAAGGGACAGAUUGGAAAGCUGACUCCUGAUAAGCAAACAGGGAAAGCAAACCAUCAAAUUCAGUUUGAAGCCUACGAUGUCAAUGAGUUUGAGUACAAGCUUAAUGUUGCAAUUGAGAUGUACACAAAACGAAUCAAGUAUCUGUUGCAAGGCAGCAAAAGGAUGUUUGGUCACCUGAAGGGAGAUCGUGUGGCUCUGUGUGUUGAUGUAUCGGAUGCCAACAUGGGAUUUGGGAGGCAGACAGCAUUUCAGGAGUCUCUGCUUCAUCUGCUUGAUGAACAGCUGUCUGUGAAGUCUGGUCUGUAUCUGAUGGAGUUCGGAACAGAACCCGAGCCCUUGUGGCCGGUUACAAGAGACGUCAACUGCAGAAUCACUGAUGAGGCCAAGGAAUGGGUGAUGAGACUGCAACCUCGAGGUGGCUGUAACCUUCUCAAGGCCAUGAAGCAUCUGAUGAAGGUCAAGGAUGUGGACACCAUUGUGCUGGUUCUGGGCAGUGCGCCAGAUCAGCCGACAGACAUCCUGUGUGACUAUGUCCAUCAGAUGGGAGUUGGAAAAGAUGUUCCACUUCAUGCAGUGGCCUAUGAUUGCAGCAACCAGUUGACAAAUGUAACACUGCGGAACUUGUCUGAUGCUUCUACAGGGCGAUAUCACUGCUAUGCUGCUAGCUGUGAGGAGCAGAUAUACACAGGAACAGACAUCAGUUUAUUGUUGAAAGAAAUCCAAAAAGCUCAAGAUGUGAUCAACAAGAUAAAGGAGAUGCGACGAGGCCUGAUGGGCAGUGCCAUAAUUAACAUCAUGAACGAGAUCACCACGGAGGUGUCCAAAUUACCUCAGUCUCGCUUCCUCCCCCGCCCUCCCGGCCACGAGCUGCCGUUACGGAUCGACACACCCAAGUUCCAGCCACGAUCGUCGGUUGAUUGGCUGUGUCAGCAUGGGCUAAAAGCAAAGAGAUUAGACUUGUAUCAAGUACUGUCGCCAAAUGCGUACUCCUACAGAGAAGAAUUUAUUCCCAUCAUCAAGAAGGCCGUACAAUCUCAAGUGCACGAGAAAGCUAUGGUUCAGUUCACGUGGCAUGACGGGUCAGUGAAGAACAUCCACGUGGAUAUGACCCAGCUGUUUGAGUACCAGAAGCAGCUGAAGGAGGUGGUCGGGCUGUACGAGAGACGCAUUGACUGGCUGGCCUCGGGCAGCAGGAGGAUCUUCGGAACCAUCUGUGAGAAGAAUAUUGUGGUUCUGAUUGACACGUCGGUAUCGAACGUCAACUACCUUGUUCAUAUCCAGCAUUCUCUUCGUCUACUCAUGGAACAACAGAUCGCAAACAAAGACUACUUCAACCUGAUUGCGUUUGGCAGCAUUGCCAAGAGUUGGAGACCCACAAUGGUGCGACCAACCCCACAAAAUCUGCAAGAUGCCUGGAAAUGGGUUCUUGGACUUCAGUGCAGUGGAAGUCGCAACUUUCUGUCAGCUUUCCGCAUGGCUGUAGAAAACGAGGAGGAAGUGAAACAUAAAAUACAUGUCCAAGGUGUGUACUUGUUUACGAGUGGAGUGCCAGACCAGCCCCAAGACGUGGCGAUAUCCUUCAUUGAGGAGGCCAGUUCGGGCCGGCCAGUCAAACUGCACUCUAUACUGUUUAACGUUGACGACUACGACGGGGAUGGUGCUAUUCCUGGUCGCUAUGCCAACAUCACGCGGACGUCUGACUGUUUGAGGAAUAUGGCACACAGCAGUGGCGGACGAUUUCACUGGUUCAGAGAAACUGGUAUCAUUGAGAGCGACGACAUCCAGUUUGUCAACACGGAAGUCGACAAGGCGCUCAACUUCUCCAGGAAGGUCGCUCUGCUCAUUGACAAUGUCAAGAAGAAGUACAGAAAUAGAUUUCAAACCAUGUUUCAAGAAGAAAUACGCUCGCUGCCAUCACCAGAAUCAUCCCAGAUGAAAUCUCUGCCGCCAUCAUCACGACAAGCGACAUCACGACAGUCGCAGAGGUACGAUGACGAGGUUGAUAGCCUGACCGAACAGCUGGCCAACAGUCGAGGAAUCACAUGGAGACCAUCCAGUGCAUCAAGGGUCAGAGACUCGAAGCUCUUCCCAAAACCUCCAAAUAAAGAGCGACCUACUUCUGCCAAAGAAAGACCUUCAUCGUCCAGAGAGAGAAAAGAUCCCAUGCAGCGUGUUAGGAGUAUACCAAGCAAAAAGAUCUCCUGCUCGCAUUUCUUCCUGGACAAAAAACAAGAAACAGGGUCAGUGUACACUAAAUAUCAGAACACAAAGGUUGUGAGGAAAAGCAUUGGUCAGCCCAACAUUCCAGAGCAGGAGGAUUCAAUCACAAGUAAAGAGUGGCUUCGUCUGUUUGGAUUGUCAAAACUGAAGUUGGACUUGACUAAGCUAGUGUCAGGGCCUGAUUGCAAGCACGUUGGGAAGAAAGUCAAAUCACUGCACAAGAAUGUAUCUGCCAAAUACUGUGACAUUUUCCCCAGCAUCAACAUCAAGGGCACCCUGAAACAUCUCCAACUUCUGCCCCACGAGCUGGAGGAGUAUGAGAAUCAGGUGGAGAGAGUUCUGAGGAGAUACCUCAAGAGAUUGCAGUGGCUUUUGAGUGGAAGUCGGCGAGUGUUCGGAACAGUGAUCCAGAAGAAUUGUAUAUUUCUUAUCGACACAUCGGGAUCUAUGGACGUCUACAUGAAGGAACUCAAGAAAGAGUUGGCCGCUCUUAUCUGGGAACAACUGAAUCGAAUGAAGAUUAAUUUUAAUCUGAUUCGGUUCUCCGGUGCUUGUGAGAACUGGCGGAGUGGAAUCCAGCCACCAACAGAAGAAAACUGUCACAACGCCAUUGCUUGGUCAUCUAAGUUUGUUGCUAGUGGAAACACGUGCACCCUGGAAGCCCUACAGAUGGCAUUCUCUGACCCGGACGUGGAUGGGAUCUACCUGUUGACUGACGGAAAACCUGACACGAGCACGUCACUCAUCCUGCGAGAGGUGGCCAAGAUGAACAUCGACCGCACCGUGCCCGUCAACACCAUCUCGUUCAACUGCUCAGACAACACAGCCAACAACUUCUUGCACCUCUUAGCCAAAGAAACUGGUGGCCGCUAUCAUCGUUGUCAUGGUGAUUUCGAUGCUCACAUGUUCACACACAAACUCUUGUCAGAAGGUUUUCAAGACGCUGAGUAUCCACAUCUACCACAGUUUGAUGGUGAUGACUUGCGCGGACUUGGGGCUGAGAUAACACAAGCAAGAAAAUAUUUGGCACAAGCAAGAACAUUUAGGGCAUUAUACAAGGCCAAGGCAAUGAAUGCAGAAAAAGAAAAGAUUUGCACAACUGAGAAAGUGCCAUCAACGCCUUUCUUGGUUGGCCGAGCAAAGUGAGAGAACAUAAGAGGAAAUGAAAACUGACAGACUGUUUUAUAUGAGAUUCACAAAAUAGAGAUCUGCAAAGACAAAAGAUUGAAGAUCCUGUUAACAGCUUUGACAUUCUUGCUUGUGUCAGUACAUAUUGUGAAGUGGACAGCCUAUGGAUCUCAUUUUGUAUAUAUGUAAUGAAAGCUACAUGUCAGAAUUAAACGGUGCUUUAUGCAACAAAUGUAGAUACCCAUAUUUUGUUGGUCUUUUAGGUAAUAUUUUUACAAAUAGACUUGUGACAACUGGAUUUUAAUGACAUUCUUUUGACGAGAACAUAGUUACUGUCAGUGAUAUAUAAUUAUAUACAACUUAUAACUUUGAGAAUUGAAGUUGUUUUGUGACUGAUAUUAUAUAGAAUCUGAUACAUACCAUAUAUAUGACAACCAUGGAUUUUUUCAUUUAUUUAGCUGUUGUAAAAUGUACAUGGCCAACUAACUUUAAUUGUGUUACAUAAAACAAUUUUAUUAGUGUAACUAUUUUUGUUAAUUUUUUUGUUAGAUACAUUUAUUUUUCAGUACUAUUAUGAAUAUUAAAUUUAUUAAGCUUAUGCUUACAACUGUAAUAUAUUUACCAAAUGUUAAAUAUGUUAUGCUCGCUUUUAUUUCAGGAGUCAAAAUAUGUUACUCGACUGUGUUAUUAGUGAAAAUAUUAACUGUAUGUGUAAUUACAAUCAACGAAAUCUGUAAAGCAGAAUUUCUGCUGUUGUGUUUGCAGCCUGUAAUAUGCAGAUUAAACACAUGCUACUGGAUCUACUUAAAACUGUGAAGUCCAGACUCCAGACUAUCUAUGGAUCUCCAGGCUUAACUACAUGUACAUGCUGUUUGGAUUGGCAGGACUGUAUUAUAGUCUUGAGUGUAGACUUUAAAGGUGACACACCACUAUUAAUUACUCCAUGCAGUAUAAUAGUUUCUAUGUGAGAAUAUAUUCUGAGAAAAAUACAACACUGUCGAGAGGGUCAUGUGACUACUAAUUCUAGGGAGUGCUCUCAACUGGCAAGUACAGUGUAAAAAAUCAACAUAGGUCAACCACAAAAUUGUGCAGUUAACAGCCCUCAUGCCUGAGCACUGCAUUGCGUUGCUGUUAUACAAGUAAACAUUAUACCACUUGCACAGUUGUUAUCAGUUAGUAAUACAUACAACAAGUAACUUCAAACCAAUGGGUUCUUUAAAUACUUCAGAGGUCAACCUACCUGUAAUCAAAAAACGAUUACAAAAAGCAUAUCAGAAUUUUGUGGGGUUUUUUUUAUGAGGAACUAUUUCCUAAACCGGACUAUAUUAAGCUGUUACAACAAAUACCAUAACAACAUGACAAAUAGUGGUGUGUGGCCUAAAGGUUUAAAAGCACAGGGUCAAAUUGUGGUGAUAUUUGGAUGUGUAGACAUUAAAGGUUUAAAAGCACGGCCAAAUUGUGGUGAUAUUUGGAUGUGUAGACAUUAAAGGUUUAAAAGCACAGGGUCAAAUUGUGGUGAUAUUUGAAAGAAUUUGUAAUUUAUAUUGUUUGUGUUCAACGUAGAUGCCUCAGCUAGUUUCACAUUAUUCUACAAUUAUUGUAAACGUUGCACACAUUGUGAAGUUUGAAAAUAGUAUAUUACUGUUUCUAGUAUUUGGGGUAAAACAGAUUACUGUGAUACUUGACCAUACGAUGUUUUGAAUACCAAAUGUACAAUAUAUGCAAUAUUGUGAGAUGUGAUACUUUAACUAUUUUGCAAUAUGUCUUUUAUAGUAUAUUUAUUAUGAGGGUUUUUUUUAGGGUCGUUUGUAAUUAUGAACAUAUUUAUGAGUGUACAAUUGUACAAUAUGUUUCAUAACAAUUGUACAAUUGAACUUCCAAAACAUUUUCAUCAAAAAUGUUGAUUUUAUGAAAAGAUUUUUUAAAUCAACAUUUUGGGUUAAUUUUACACAAUUAUUUUACCCUUCCCUUCCAAAAAUCAUUCAUCAAAAAUGUUGAUUUUGUAAAGAAUUUUUUAUCAUCAUUUUCGGUUCACUCAAACAUGCAGACACACACACACACACUCAGACACACAACGUUUACACAUCACACUCAAACACACCAUACUCAUAUAGGUCUACACGACACACAACACACACGUACCACCACACCAAAUACACACAUACACCACAGAACACAACUGGUACACUGAUGAAAAUGUUGAUAAUUGUGUGAAGAAACCAAUUCUCAUUUUAAAUUGUUGAUUCUUACACAUGCUUUUAGUAAUUAUACUUAAUAUUUAUUUACUUUUUAAAAUUUAGUAAUUUAUUUUUAUUGAUUACAAAUAGUUCAUAUACCUGUUAUUUUACAUAAAAUCGACUAUUUAAACAUGUCUUGUCAGUGACGUGACAAAUUGCCAAUUUGGUGUUGUGAAUGCUUCAUGUACAUGUAUUUUCAGCAUAUGUACAGAAUGUUUAGCUGUGGUCGUUUAUAACCGUAAGGUACUUACCUGUUUUCUAUGUACCAUACUGCAAGUUAACUGUACUGUGAUAUUGUAUAGGAUACAAUUUUCUUGCUCCAGUUGCUGGCAUCUUUCGAUGCCUAUGAUGUGUUAUUCUCUAUGUAAACAUCUUUGACCUUAAUAAGAAAGAUUCUGUUGUCAUCACAAUGUUGGUAGAUCUUUCUUUGAAACACUACAGUGGUUCAUAUACAGAUUAUAAUUUUAUAUUAAAUUAUGUAUGAAUUAUAGUAAAAUAGAUUUUACUGCUUACUUUUCAAAUACAUAAUAAAACCUUAAAAACAUAAAAA